AUGUUCCCACUAGCUCGGGGGAAUGCUGCGUUACGACGAAACAAUUUAUAUCCUCGUAUGUUGCGGUGGUUUCACCUUAGGAGGUUAGCAUGGGAGAAUGUUUGCAAUCUUUUCGACGUUGACCAGGACGAGGCACAUCAACCGAAAAGAAAGAUGAUUGCCUCUGAGGUCGAGUCAUCUACUCCACAUUACUUGACAUAUAUUACUAGUCUGAAUCCAGAAGGAGCAUCUUCAUCUGAUCCAUCAUGUGGAAACAGCCGAUCUACCCAGUCCACCGGAGAAACUCAUACGGUGGGAAUUAAUAGGAGAACAGCCCGAGAAAUAAUGGCAAGACUUCAAACUCAUACGGUGGGAAUUAAUAGGAGAACAGCCCGAGAAAUAAUGGCAAGACUUCAAACUCAUACGGUGGGAAUUAAUAGGAGAACAGCCCGAGAAAUAAUGGCAAGACUUCAAAGCUUGGAGGAAGAAAUCCGAGGAAUAAAAUAUGUGGGAGGUAGUUAUUGGAUGACAAGCCUGGUGAACGAACAAUUCGGUAGUCCACCGAAUUCAAAUCGAGUAAACGAGGAUAAUGAUGUUGGUCGUAGAAAACAAAAACAACACGUGAAGGAGAAGAAGAAAAAGAAGAUUGUUGCCAACAACAUCGUGGAUGCGGAAAAUCAUAUACCCAUGCCUCCUGUUGCAAAACCACGUUGUCCGGUUAGGGUAUUGAAAAGGGAUGACAAUAAUGAAUUUUUUGACGCAACGUUUAGGGGGAAUGAAGAUGUGGGAGGUAGUUAUCGGAUGACAAACCCGGUGAACAAACAAUUCGGUAGUCCAUCGAAUUCAAAUCGAGUAAACAAGGAUGAUGAUGUUGGUUGUAGAAAACAAAAACAACCCGUGAAGGAGAAGAAGAAAAAGAAGAUUGUUGCCAACAUCGUGGAUGCGGAAAAUCAUAUACUCGUGCCUCCUGUUGCAAAACUAGGUCGUCCGGUUAGGGUAUUGAAACCUUCUCAAUAUCUUUGCUCUCCAUAUGUUUCUUAUCUCCGUGUAAGGUAUCUGACAAUCGGACUACUCUUUGACAUUAUUUGA